AUGUCGAUUAAACCUGAGAAUGUUGUGAAGAAAUAUGGAAAAGGGAAAGAUUAUCUGACUUACGAAGAAACCCUCCAUUUUCUUGCGAAGCACGCGAAUGUCCACAUCAACAAAGCAAAUCCAAAUUUGGGACAAUUGAAAGACUACGAGUUGGUGGUUCGCCUGAUGGACAAAGAUAAGAACAACAAAAUUGAUUUUUCAGAAGUCUCCAAACUCGUUGACAAAGCAAAUAAGCGCAAAGUGAGUUACUUUCCUCGAGACUUAUAUGAUUUUGCGUUUGAAGUCAUCGACACGGACGACAGCGGUUAUUUAGAACGCGAAGAAGUUACCUUUUUCAUAGAGACGUACUUACAACGCAAGCCGUGUCGCAAAGAAGUUGCGAAGGUCAUCGCAAAACUUGAUGCGAACAAAGACGGCAAAAUCUCGAAAGAUGAGUUUCUCGAAGUGUUUUCGCCCGACGUCCAGAAGUGGCGAACGACGUUCGAUAUGUACGACGCGAACAAAGACGGACUAAUUAGUCAAAAAGAGGCGGCUAAUAUACUCCAGACAAUUAGUGGCGAAUUUACAACACAACUCAAAGCAACAUUUGUUGUGUUAUUUAAUUUAUUUGACAAAGGGCCUAAAGGUGGGUUGAAUAUAGUUGAGUUCAACAAACUCUCGCAACUUAUAUUUGAAUGUUCACUUUCAUUUUCGAUCAACGAUUUCUAUGAGCUCAUUUUCGAUCAGAUCGACACAAACGCAACAAAUGAAAUUUCAAGUGUGCAGCUUAAGGACUUCUUAAAAAGGCAGAAAGAAUUUGUCACCGACGAAGAGGUGAACGAUUUUAUUAGAAUAAUUGACAUCGACGGGAAUGGGAAAAUAAAUAAAAGAGAAUUCGUCGGAGCAAUGCACUCGCUCCUUGCCUUAUAUUGA